AAUGGCUGACAACGUAGUUGAGAAAAGUGAAAACAAAACUGGGAAAAAAAGAAAAUCUACACCAAAUAAAUGGUCAAAGACUGCAAUAAAGCGUGCCAAAGCUUCAGGCGAUGCUCACAAAAACCAUGUUGGAAAGGAUGUUGAUGAAAGGAGCCAGCACUAUGUGGACUGCAGGUGCAAAUGCCUAGAGAAGUUUAACGAUGGAGAAAGGAGUAAUAUUUUAAAAGAAUUUAAUGAGCUUGCCGAACAUGAGAAACAAAACAUUUAUUUAAGGGGUUGCAUUUCUGUAAAAGAAGAAAACACUAUCAGGCGAAAGCAGAGUCAGGCAGCCCCCAAAACAUUCCGUAGCAGCUACAGCUACACAAUAAAAGAAACUGGCUCACCUAUACCUGUGUGCAAAAAUGCUUUUUGUGCUCUGCAUGGUAUUAAGGAAUCACGCCUGAAGAAAAAAGUCCUGAACUUUGAAGACCCCCUACAAGACUUAAGAGGAAAGCAUGGCCAUCACAAAAAACUUAAUGAUGAGAUUCGCCAAGCAAUCCGUCAACAUAUUUCUUCAUUUCCUGCAAGAGAAAGCCACUAUUCUCGAGCAGACAAUAGAAAAAGGAUCUACCUAACCUCUGACCUUAACAUUUCUGAGAUGUUUAGGUUGUUUUUGGAACAACACCCAGACAUGAACACUAUGGCCAAAGAAUGGAUCUAUAGAGAUAUUUUGAACUUUGAAUUUAAUAUUAGUUUUGGGUUUCCACGCACAGAUAUAUGUGACACGUGUGAAAAAUUUAAUGCUGAUAUUAAAUCUGCCACUGUCAACAGAAAUAAUGAUUUGGUUUUCAAACUAAGAACUGAACAUGAAGUUCACAAAAGAAAAGGGGAUGCCUUCUAUGAGCAGAUAAGAGAGGAUAAGCAUCUUGCUCUUUCUACUAAUGAUACUAAAGUCAUAGCUAUGGAUUUCCAAAAGAACCUGCCUCUACCUGUUACUGGGAUUGGCCAGGAGUACUACAAAAGACAGCUGGCUGUGCAUAACCUUGGCAUUCAUGAUGUUUGCUCUGGAAAUGCUUCGAUGUACAUUUAUGCAGAAAAUUUUGCUAACAAAGGACCCAAUGAGGUUCUUUCAUGUCUGGAACACUAUAUAGAAGAAUUGCCGGAGUCGAUAAGAAAACUGGUCAUUUUCACAGAUAAUUGUUUUUCUCAAAGCAAAAACCGAUACAUUGUUGCUUUUUUGCAAAAUUUAUGUAAUACUAAACUGACUGAAGUUGUUAUUAAGUACCCUAUUCCUGGUCACAGCAGAAUGCCAUGUGACAGAGACUUUGGCAGAAUUGGAAAAAAAAAAUUAAAAACAGAUAAGUUUUAUAAGCCUUCUGACCUGGUAAAUCUUAUUGCCAAAUCAAGCAUUAAUAAUUCAUGGAAAAUUGUGUAUGUUGAACAUCCAUUUACUGACAAUUUGGAAAUGGACAGUAGACCUGUUGUCAGGGUUAAAGAUUUUAAAUCUAGCCUGGACAAAGUCAUUAAAGCGCCAGAGGGUAUUGCCAGUCUCAGAGGGAUUUUAUUUGAAAGGCUGAAGAACCCUGUUGGCAGAAGCUCAAUGACUGGCCCUCUUACUUUCACUUUAAAUUUAUUAAAAAGGGGAAAAUCACUGAACACCUUAAAAUCAGCUAUUCAAGAUUUCCCUUUGGCAUUCAACGGCUUUCUUCCAAUAAAGAAAGCAAAAUUUGAUGACAUUAUGUCACUUUUGUCCCAUGUCCAUCUUCCAGAGAGUGUAACUUUUUACACUUCCCUCAAACCUUUAGAAAUGUCUACAGAAGAGGAUGAGCAAGCUGAUGAUUUUGAAUAGGACAUUUAAUUUAAUUUUGUAUAGAUAAUUAUUGAGGUAAAUAGUGUUACCAUCAAGAUUAUAAAUAAUUAUUACAUCACAUUUGUUUUACUAUUUCUGUUGACUCUGUAUAUACCAAUAAUUUAAAUUCAUUUUGUGUUUAUACCUUUGUUGUUUAAAAUUUGAA